AUGACGUGCACUCAGCAUUACGCUACAGACACGUUUCCCUCCGAAGCCGGCAAGGAAAUCACCACCGUCUAUGCUGACGACCCGGCCACAAAUACCACCCUGCUCCAUUCCCUAUUAGAGAGGGAUGGCGCCGUAAUUGUCAAGAAUCUUUUCCCCAAAUCCCUCUGUGCUCAGAUCAAAGAAGAUCUCAAGCCCAUAUUCGACGCAGACAAGCCAGAUCCCGCUGGUUUCUUCCCCAGCACAACAAAGCGUGCUCAUGGCAUCCUUGCUCAGUCACCUUCCAGUGCCAAGCUGGUGGUGAAUCCGCUCUUUCAGUCUGUCGCAGAGACCAUGUUGACCAGCAGAUACACCUAUUGGGAGGGCCAAAAGCAAAAGAGCGUGGCGGCAAAGCCACAAAUUGCGAGCAUCGUAGGCUUCCGCGUUGAGCCUGGUGGCAAGCAACAGCCUCUCCACAGGGACGACUCGGAUUAUCAUACUCGAAACUGCGACAUGCCCGUCAUGCUGGGCUGCGUCACGGCACUGUCCAAGACGACAAAGGAGAACGGCGCGACGGUCAUUAUCCCAAAGAGCCACCUAUGGGGACCGGAGAGGUGCCCGCUCGACGAGGAGACCAUUUCAGCAGAACUCGAAGUCGGAGACGCAGCCAUGUUCGUUGGCAACGUAUAUCAUGCGGGAGGCGCAAACGUCACCAAGGACGACGCACGUGAGACAAUCGGCGUGUUCAUGUGUAAAGGAACUCUAAGGCAAGAAGAGAAUCAGUAUUUGGAAUUGCCACCAGAGGUAGCAAAGGACCGAGGUUUCUCACCGCAGCUGUUGCGUCUUCUCGGGUAUGGGCUCUGCCCACCAGCGCUUGGCUUAUACAAGUACAAAGACCCAAUGGAGGAGAUAUUCAACGUCUUGGAUGAAGAAACAAUCCGCAGAUAA